AUGGAUCGUUUCAUCGCGAAAAAGCGGCCCCGGCUGAGUCCGUCGUCGGUUCAGCAGCAGACGCUGCCUCCUGACGAGGAUUCCACCGACAUGAAAUUGGCGAUACUACUUUCACUCUUUCCGGACAUAGAACAAGAUGCUCUACUGGACAUUCUCAUCUCGAGCGGCGGAUCUAUUGAAGACGCGUCUGCCGUGGUCACCGCUCAACGCGCGUAUAAGCCAGCCAAAAAGAGAGCACUUGGUGCAUCAGCGAUCCAGACGUCUUUGACCUCACAUAUCACAACUGAGGCGGGUUUGCCACCAAAAAAGCAACUCACCCGGAAAGGAAAGACACUACAUCUUUUCUCGCCAGAAGAUGUUGCUGCUCAUACUCCGUGUACCAUCAUCCAUAAUUUUUUGCCCCAGGAUGAAGCAGAUGCGCUCCUACUGGAACUUCUGGAUGAGUCGAAGCACUUUUCUAGGUACAGGUUUCAGCUGUUUGAUCGUACAGUUGAGAGUCCUCACACGAGCAGCUUGUACGUCUCUACUCCCGAGGAGCUUCGACAACAAACAUCGGAAUACACCUAUGGAGGCGGUUUCCGUUCCAACGUGCGCCAGCUUACUCCAUACUUGCGCGCCGUCUCUGCCAAAGUCCAGCGCGCAGUGAACGACGAGAUACAGAAGCGUAUCCAAACGUGCUACCCAGAUGGGGAAAAGCUCAAGUAUCAGUCACCUAAGGAGUGGGUGCCCAACGCGGCAUUCGUCAACUGCUAUGAUGGUCCAACAGAAAGUGUCGGCUAUCACUCGGAUGAGCUGACUUAUCUUGGUCCGCGAGCUAUUAUUGGAAGUCUGAGCUUAGGCGUGGAAAGGGAGUUCCGGGUGCGACGGACCGUGGCGAGCGAUGACGAUGAGAGGAAUGAGAGUGAAGUGUCACCCACGGGGUCGACAGCGGAUUCUCCGUCCAAACGGAAAGCGACGUCGAAGGGGACUGAUGUUCGUGCUGAUGCGCAGGGGCAAAUCUCCAUACACCUUCCGCACAAUUCCCUCCUUGUUAUGCAUGCCGAGAUGCAGGAGGAAUGGAAACAUGCUAUUGCACCCGCGCAGACUGUUUCACCACAUCCACUGUCGGGUAACCGGCGCAUCAACAUCACUUAUCGAUGGUAUCGGGAUUCUCUCCACCCGCGUAACAUUCCGCGAUGCCGUUGUGGCACACAUGCAAUCUUGCGGUGUGUACAACGUAAACGUGAGAACAGGGGUAGAUACAUGUGGAUGUGCUAUGCAGGAUAUGAACCAGGAAAGAAAGGUUGCACGUUUUUCCAGUGGGCCGAAUUUGAUGACGAUGGCGAACCUCUUUGGGAGAUUAAACCCACGGAGGACGAAGCCCCUACGUUGCGCAACUUCAUUGAAGAAGACGACAAACAAUGA